UUAGCGGCUUGAAGUGGACCAUCUCAUCGGAACUAAUGAUUGCGUGCUCGCUCGAAAUGUGAAAGCAUUUUUCUCUCAUAAUUUACACAAUUGUUAGUGUGAAGUGCCGUUGAGAAUAGUCUCCCCGUUUUUUGAGGUUUAAGGGAUACGUAUGCGACUAGGAGUACAGCACUGAAGCGUCAUUUUCAGGCCGUGUCACAACAGGAUGGUACAUGCAGACGCGUCAAACUUCGCAGAGGGGGUGACGAAGGAGCAAGCUUAUGAACAAGUUCUCUUACAGGCUGGAGGUCUUUUUGACGGCCAAAGGAAUUGGGUCUGCAACCUCGCCAACGCCGCAUCCUUAUUAUGGCACGCUUAUAAGUCGUUACCUCAUCCGAGUAACCAGGUGAACUGGGCAGGUUUCUACACUCUUGACCCCCAAGCAACUUAUUCAAAGUCGCAACUCAUACUAGGUCCAUUUCAGGGCAAGGUCGCAUGUCAGCUAAUCGCUUUUGGAAAAGGGGUAUGCGGAACGGCGGCCGCAACACAGACAACGCAAUUAGUCGCCGAUGUUGAGAAGUUCCCAGGCCAUAUCGCAUGCGACGGCGAUAGUAGAAGUGAAAUCGUGGUUCCCAUUGUUGUUGGAGCCGCAGGAGAGAAGAAACUAGUGGCUAUUAUCGAUGUUGACUGUGCGGAGCUCGACGGGUUUGACGAGGUGGACAGGAAGUACCUGGAGCAGCUGGCGGAAUUGCUGGGGCGGAGUUGCGAUUGGUGAUGCGAAUGAAAUAAGUCCUAGGGUAUGAUUUUAGGCGUGGUAAGGGGUCUCUCAGCCCCCAGCCAGUCAGAUGAGGGGGGCCUUCUUAACGCAAUACUCCCCCACGACGAGGCUGUGUAGUCGACUCCCCCAAUACACCCU